AUAGGUUUACUGUGUGCCCUAUAUUUAUAUUAGAUAGUUAGUAUCGUUAAUUUUAAGUAGUUUUUGAUACAAGAGAUAAAAUGUUACGCAAAAGAUAUAACAUAUCAAUAAGGAGCGGUUUUCGCUUUAUUGUUAGGAAUUGAAAUGUUUUUGCAGGUAUGCAAGCAUACAUUGCGCAAAAAUCGAUUUUAUUUUCAAGACUAUUUUGAAAUACCUAAUAAUGCUUUUCAGGGUCGUGUUAUAAUAGUUUGGUUGUCCUGGCUUAUUGGCGGCGUAUGCGGUGUUGUUAUUUUGUUGAUUAUUAUAUGUUACUGCCGCCUAAUGCCGCGCCAUCAGAAAUCAUUUGAUGAGCAAUAUCUCAAAGAAUCUUACUCAAUUAAGGAAAAUCAGGCCUACACUAGUCAAGAAAAUUAUAGGAUGAAACAUACAGAGGUCCAGGUCCAUCGUCACAGGCCAGUCAGUUACGCGGGGGACGCAGAGAGUCGCCCGCACGGCCACGUCUCCCGCGCCGAGCGGGAAGCCAGACCAGCGCCCGCGCAGUACGCCUCCAGCAGUAUGCUGGAUGAUCUAGACGGCGCGGCAAGCAUGGACGCAUUGAAAACGCGUUCCCUACCGGCUUUUCUAAGACCGAAGCCACGGCCGCUCUCCACCGAAGAUGAUCUGCAACAACUUUAUGCCAAGGUAUUUUGGUGGGUGGUGAACCUCAGUAAAAAGUACAAGAACCGCAUGCGCAGCGAGCACGCCGCCAUCAUCGCGCUCAGCAAGUCCCACAGUCAGUUCUUCGACGCCGAUGCUGUUAUUGUCUAUGAUCAGAGGACGGCGCUAUAGAUUAUCUAUGAUUUUUAUAGAUUAAUCAAGCGUAUUCGUUAGCGAAGGUCAAAAACCAAGGGGUCAAUUAACGAACGUUUGCAAGGCGUAUUUCUUCUCUCCCCUUCCAAUCUUUUUGGUUAACCUUGGAAUUAGAGAGGGAAGGUAAGGUAAUAAUUAUCCCAUAUCGCUCUUGGCCUCAUUAUUGCAAAGAAUGCUGGCAUAAUCAGAUUGUCAUGCUAAAACAUGCUUAAAACAUACAACUUAACAAUAUAUAAUCGUUGUCUCAAGAUGGCGUCAUUUUUUGACGCCUUGCAAGAAUUACUUCUUAUACAACUACAAUCGUGUAGGUUUAACCUCGAUCCUUUUUGGAACUAACAAAAUCUACGGAUCGGCCUUCUCAAUUGUAACCGCUAGUUUUAAAAAUAGAAUAAAAAUCAUUGAAUGAAUAGUCAAUCAAUAUUCAAUAGCCUGAAAUAGAUAAUUAUGUCGUGUAUUGGACAUAAAUCUUUUUAAAUGAGCCUAUCAAAAACUAGAAUUUUCGCAUAUCCACAAACCACAUAUAUGAUAAAUUAUGAACUUGAUGAUACUAAGUUUUAUUUAAGUAUAUCCCUUAUUUACCUCCCCUAGACACCAUUGAAGAAUACUCUCUUUCAAAAAGUCCCUUUGAUCCGAAAACAUUUCCUGGAGUAAAACUUAAACCCGCUUAACUUCUUUUCGAUUUCACAAUAAAAAUCACUUCCAAUAGAAAGGCAUUUCUAAGCUAUUUACUUGUCUAAUUCCCAAAAAACUUUUAGGAAAUUGUACACCUAAUUCUAUAUUUUUUUUAACGUAAGUAAAUUUGUCCUGUCCAUUAUAGGUAUCGAUAAAAUUGUGAUUUUAAAUCGUGUGAUAUAUAACAAAAACGUGGCCUAAUUGUUACUUCUAGAAGGGUGUAGGAUUUUCAGUCGCGCCACGCAUUUUAUAUUCUACUGAAUUAAGUAUAAUAAAAUAUUGGCAACUUUGCAAAUAAAGAUACUGCUAAUUAUCAAAACUUUCUACUUUAUUUUACGCGUAAGUGCGCGACUGUACUGGGUUGUGGAGUCCUUAUUCCCAUUAAUAAAUGUUAGGUACAUGCGAUUGCAUGUAAAGGAAUUGUAGUAGAAUUAGUGUAAAAUAUUUAUUUUAUUUUAGGUACAAGUAGUUUUUGUAUGCAAUAAUGUAUGUUUAUCGGCUCUGUAUUCCGUAAAAUCAAAAAAUACCCAGGUUUGCAAUAAUCAAGUUGAGAAAAUGUAAUAUUUAGGUACGUAGGUGUUACUUAUUUAUACCUACUUAUUUAUGGUUAUUUUCGAAUGAUUGUUUGUUAUUAAAUAAGUAUAAUAUUAGCGUUGAAAAACUUUUUGCAUACAAUUUUAAUAACACCGGUAGCA